AUGGGAAAGCAGAAGAUUGGCUCUUACCUGAUGUGCUUUAAAUUCACAGAGUUUGUGCGUUGUGAUGAGAAGAUCCAGGCUGUUAGUUGUGGAGAUGAAGUGACUCUGCUGUCUGAAAGUGGGAAAAUCUUCUGUAUGGACCCAAAUCUCACUCCAUUUCAAUCCAGCCCUCUCCAAGCUCUAUCCAGCAUCAUAAUAACUCAGAUUGCCUGUGGGAGCCAUCAUACUCUUGCACUUGCUAAAGGUGGUGGGGUGUAUACAUGGGGCGAGGACUCUAGGGGUCAGUUGGGACUGGGUACGGGUAAUUCUGGUUCUGGUUCCCCCCAACAUGUCCAGACUCUGUCCGCCAUCCCUGUGGUGCUGAUCUCUGCGGGAGCAGAACACAGCUUCGCCCUCUCCGUGUCUGGAGGCGUGUUCGGCUGGGGUGGAAAUGACUGCGGACAGCUCGGGCUGGGAGACUCUGAAGAUAGAAACACACCAACAUCAGUCAGUUAUCUGAACAUGAAGAAAGUGGUUCAUAUUUCCUGUGGAAAGGAACACACUGUGGUUCUGACAAAGGAUGGUGUUGUGUUUACAUUUGGUUCUGGCAAAUAUGGACAGCUUGGACACAACUCAUUCCAGAAUGAGCUCCGUCCUCGGCUCGUUGCAGAGCUCUGGGGGGCAAAGGUCACCAAAACUGCAUGUGGGAGGUAUCACACAUUAGUGCUGACUGAUCCUCUGAAUGUUUACUCCUUUGGUUGUAAUGACCACCAGCAGCUGGGGCGUGAAGACAAUUCUUUAUCUGUCCCAUUACCUGUACAGCUGCCCAUCUGUGCCACAAAUGGUCACAGAAUUGAGGACAUCUUCGCUGGACCGGAUUGUUCAUUUGCAACCUGGAGACCUAAAGAGGAUGGAUCGAACUCAAAAGCCGACACAAAACAAAGACCGAUUGAAAGAAUGGUGGCUAAAUGGAUCCCUGAUUGUGAUGGAAAGUUGUGGAAAGUGACAAAACAGGAAAUUCAUUCCACAUUUUCCUCCGCUUCAAUUAUGAAUCAAAGUUUUCUUGACCAAAGGAAAGACAAACAUUUCCAGACUUCACCAAACUAUCCUGGUUUGGACUUAUCUUUGGCGAAAAGAGAGUUUGAAAACCUAAUUGAAGAGGAUAUUCUUCAAGACGAAGUGGAAAAUGCGGUUCUAAUGUUGCUUCCUUCUCUUAAUAACAAGCCAGUGGGAGUGGAGGGUUUGAGGGUCUUCCUGGUCCUGAAUGAGCUUCUUCAUGCAAUUCAAAAAAAAUAUGGACCUCAGAGCUUUAAGCUGUUUGGGGAGGUUGUUGCUGCCUUCCAAAAACUUCCACCGGAAAGCCUCCAGAUUAUAGGAGUCUGGUGGCGCUCACAACCAUCCUCUACAAUGGUCAGACAUGUAGAGGCCUGGAAGGCAGCCCUCUCAUUGCCAUGUAGUCGCUCCACAUACAGGUCUAUCAUACUGAUCCUUCAGAACAUGUACAAGGCAAACCAGAACAAAAUUCCUGAAAAGAUAUUUCGUGUGGAGUUUAACAUAAUUUUUCUUCAAGAGGAUCUGAUGCUUUGGCGAGGAAUGUCAAAUGGGAAGACUGAAGAUAAUUCACCCGUCAUCCUCUGUGAUUUCCCAUUUGUUAUGGAUCUGAAGUCAAAGAAAGCAGUUUUUGAUAUUAACGCUAAUUUGACUAAGACUCAACACCAGGCUUUGAUGAAGAGGGUUUUUCAUCCUCUCCCAAAGUCAAAUCCUUGUUUUGAACUGCAUCUGAACCGCUCCUCCCUUUUGGAAGAUGCCCUCCCUCAGCUGGCGGCUGCUGAUCAAUCUGAGCUUAAGAAACCUCUCCUGGUGCAUUUCAAUGGAGACACAAAAGACACACGAGUCUACAUGUACGACUUUUUCCACCACCUCGACAUUGUGAAAAAACACCCGGGGAUGUUCAUGCUGAACGAUUCUGGAACGCUGGCAUGGUUCUCCUCCAGAGUAGCAAAAAGGGACAGGGCAAAGUUUCACCUGUUUGGGAUUCUGUGUGGAUUGGCCUUAUACAAUGGCAGCUUAAUAAAGCUGCCAGUCCCACUGGUUCUGUUCAAAAAGCUUCUCGAUCAAGAACCGAGUCUGGAGGAUAUGAUGGAGUUCAGCCCAGUAGUUGGACGAACUCUGCAGGAAAUAUUGAACUAUAAAGAUGAUAUCCUGGAAGGCCUGUUCAUAGACUUUAAGAUUAAUUGGGAUGAGAAAGAUGUUGACCUCGAUCCAAGAAAUCCAGAAAAGCUGGUCACAGAGCAAAAUAAGAAGGAGUUUGUCGAUGCCUAUGUGAAUUAUGCCUUCAACGAGUCGGUGGAGAGCGUGUUUCAGGAGUUCAAGCGAGGCUUCUUCCAGGUGUGUGACCAACAGCUGGUGAAGCUUUUUGGACCAGAGGAGCUGCAGGGAGUGCUGGUGGGUGGAGGCACCUAUGACUGGGCAACAUUCAAACAGAACACACUGUAUGAGGGGAUUGACAGAAGGCAUCCAGUAAUAAAGAUGUUUUGGGAGGUUUUCGAUGAGCUUGAGGAAGAACAGAAAAAAGACUUUCUUUGGUUCCUGACUGGGUUCCGGAAAGUUCCUGUUAUGGGCAUGGACCAAAUCAAGAUGAGAAUUCGACCAAAACAAGUCCUGAGCGGCCCCCAUGACCAGCAUUUCCCAGAGUCUCUGACGUGUCACUUUAUUCUGGAGCUGCCAUUGUACUCGACCAAAGAGAUCAUGCGGGAAAGACUGACGGAGGCCCUGAGACCAGAGAGAGGAUUCGAGGAGUGAUCUGAAUCUGCAGAAAAUUGAAGGAUUUAAACAUUGUUGCCUCUCAAUCACUAACUCAGGAUGACAUAUCACAUUGCUAUGGAAAUAUAUGAUGACACUAUAGGCAUGCUAAAAAAGAAAGAAAAAUAACAGAAGAAAAUAGACUGUUUACAUUGCAGGGAGUCCAUAGUGUUUACCCUUAUAAUC